AUGCCAUCCUCGGCUUCACCGCGCUCGCCCUCCACAACGGGCAUUUUUGGCGAUCGUGCUGUAGUGCGCAAAAAUGUCGCUUUAAUUGGCGCACUCGGCUCCGGCGCCACCUCCGUUGAUGCCGAUGCUGCGACCUCCUCUAGGUUUGGAGGUUCAACGGCUUCAUCCAAAGAAACGACGGAGGAUGGCCGCAAAAGCUCAAAGAACAGCAUCCUCGCUGAGGUUUUAGAGCGGGAGCGCGACUUCAAGCAUGAUUCUCUCGGCGGAUCGCAUUCGUCUUCCCGCUCGCCGCUUGAAGAGAGCCAAAGCACGAGCACGAGAGAGGCGACUAGCAGGUAUGCUGAGACGAGCAGAGAAGUUGACUUUCUUCAAGGGGACGAGGACAAGAUGAUGAAUGAAGGCAUGAUCGGAGUACAGGAGAAGCCAUCUUCAGCGUCUACUUCCAUGGCUGCAGCUGUACGACAUCGCACUGCUCAGGAAGAUGAGCAAGACUCUUCUAGUAAAAGUCAUAUCGCCAGUCGCAGAACAGAAGAUGCGACACAGUCUGCUACAAAGAGCACCAACGCCAUGAAUGAGGACCGUGGCGUUCCUACUCCAUCUUCAACAUCGACAAGUACUACUUCCAGAAUAAACUCUCCGCAGACAACACGGCUGCUCGCGCAAUUUGAAGAAGAAAAGGAGGAAAUGAGACGGGAAUUCCAGGAGGAAAAGGAAAGGAUUAUGGAACAGUUUGUGCGUGAAAAGGAUGACAUGGUUGACAGUUUCCAAACUGCGACAUCCGUGCUUCUACAGAGGAUACGAGAGCUAGAGUCGGACUGCGGCUCGUCAAGCACUCGACCAGGAACCGGCCUAUCCUCGUCGCGGCCUGGCACCUCACGGCCGGGGACCGCAGCUAUUCGACUCGAUGCGUUUUUAAGGCCUUGUGCACGCACCAAAUAUAUAUCUUCAUGUCUUCGUCUUCCAUCACCUGCGCAUCGGCAUCGAUCUUGUCUGGAAUAAAUUAUGCUAGAACAGUCCUCACACCAAAAUUCUUUUCGGUAUUCAAUGAUCUUUCCUCCUGCCAUACUUUUUUAAUCACCAGUCAGGAGCAACAUAUUGCAAGUCCAGAUCCACCGGAGAUUCUCACGAUAGCGGAACGAACCGAGGACACUGAUAGGAGGUUUAUUCAGUGUGCCAGAGACGGUAAUUGUAAUCCUCGUUCUUGAUAACGAUUUCCGUAGCUCGUUGAUGUGCAACACCACGAUACACAUUGACUCGGUGAUUCUUAUCUACUCAAUCGAUCAUGAUCCUCAAAUAGGUGACGUGGAUUCUCUCGAACGCAUGCGGAUGGAGUUUGCGAUUCCAAUAGAUGAGAUAGUUUGUCCGGACUCCGGAGAUUCUCUUCUGCAUGCGUGUAUACAAGCGAAGAAGGAACUGCAACAGGAAAUCCUCAACCUCGCGCUAGGGUAUUUCUCCUUUUACGUUGUAACGUAUGUCGAUGCUUUCUCUAAAAUGAUUGAUAGAGAUGGCUAUCUACAGCUCUAGGAGAUUGGUUUUGCUACUAAUAGAUAGCGAUACAUAUUGAUGUUGUGCUAUGUAUCAGGGUAUCAGUUCCUAUGCUCAGCAGGUACGGCGCAGAGAUCGAUGUGGUGAACCGGUCAGGGUCGACGCCGUUGCACGAUGCCAUCCGCGCAAACAGUCUGUCGAUGGUGAAGGCUCUUGUGGAGCUUGGCGCAGACUUCGACCGACCACUAGCCAACAGUGAGCCUGGGAAGCUUGUUGGUGACGAGACGAGUACUACAACAUCAAGUCCUGCUGGCGUUAGUGUGGUCAAAAAUGUGACUUCGUCUUCGUCAUCUGAAAUCGGGUUCACCCCGAUAAUGCUCGCGGCAAAAGACCCGAAACUCUUGCGGAUUUGCAAGUUUCUGGUGGAGAGCAAUGCGGAUGUGAACAAGCGAUCUUCCGCCUUUGGCUCAACUGCGAUAGAGCUCGCGCAAAGAAUUAUGGCAGUUGUAGUUAACUACCUCGUGUUAGUGGUCGUACUGGAAAUCUUUUGAAGAUGCGUUCUACGAGGGCUGACACUAGUAUGGGAGUUGAGAUAGGUAUCAUACUCAUAGGGUCUAGGAGCAGGGGUCUCAGGAUCAGUAUGGGCAAUAGAACGAUGAGUAUGUUCAUGUUGAUAUGUAGAUUGCAGCCUAUGCACAAGAACACAAAUCAGAAAGGAAGUAAAAGAUCUACUUCAGAAUGUAAGUUGAAUGGAAAUUCCAUGCUCAAGGUCACCAGACAACAAGGAUAAACUGAGGAAAGCAUAAGAAUAAGAAGACAAAGGAAGAGAAGUAUGUUGAAAGUGGUAAGUAAGGUAUUUCUUGUCUGGCUCUCCUCCCUCUUAGGGUUGAGGUAUUCAAGGUGAUCCGAUGUCGGCUUCUCUUUUGAGGCAAUGACUUCGUUGAGGCAUCAAGCGGGACGCGUAGGAAAGUACAGAAUUCUGGGCCUCCCAGUAUUCUUUUGGUUCGUCUCGCAUAUACGAGGGGAGCCGCCAAUUUGAGAGCGGUUUUCUCUUUCAGAAGCUGUGUCCUCAUAUUGUUUUGCCAAAUCACUCCUCUUUGGUUUAUAAGCUUCUCUUGUGAGGCUUAUCACAUCGAUUCAUCCCGCUGGUAGGUGCUGCAAACCUAUUAGGGAUGCACAGAAUAGAAUAUGCUGAAUCUGACGCAAAAGUUUCUAUCGUCUAGGUCGCUCUAAAGGUAGCAACAACUUUCAGACGAUGGUCUACCUUGCUUCAAGCGGAGCGUCGAUCCGUGGAGCCGGAAGGCAGUGAAGUUGAACGAAUUCUUUGCAACCCAUAACGCUGCGCGAACGCGCCAAUUGAUGCUCAUAACAUACACAAAACAUUGAAGCUUUAGUCGCACGCUUAGCGCAAGACUCAUCCCCAUUCUUUUAGAGUUACAGAAGCAAGGCGUGAGUAUCCCACUGCGGUGGUUUCCACGGACGGCG